AUGGAACUAUUUCCUGGUCCAAAUUUGAAUGUUAUUGUUGGACCAAAUGGGACAGGUAAAAGCACAAUUAUGUGUGGUUUAUGUCUGGCAGUAGGUGGCACUCCGCGAUUAUUAGGACGUUCCGAAUUGUUAGCUGAUUAUAUCAAGCACGGUUUGGAGAAAGGAUCUGUUAAAGUUUUCAUUCGCGAUUCAAAGCUUGGAAAAGAUCGAACAUUAUCGAUUGUUUUGCAUCGAUCCGGCUGCUCUGAUUAUUUUGUUGAUGAUGAAAAAGUAACACAGACAAAAUUGCGUGAUGUUGUUGCAAGCUAUAAUAUCCAGAUUGAUAAUCCAUGUACAUUCCUCGCACAAGAUAAAGUGAAAAGUUUCGCGGAACAAAAACCAUAUGGUCUGCUUAAAAAUACAGAGAAAGUUGUUGGGGAGGAACUGGUCGACCUACACAAAAACAUUCAUCACUUGCGAUUUACUCAUUCACCUUUUUCACAUACUAAAUACUUGGAAGAGCGUUUGAACUCCGUGCAAAGUGAAUUGAAAACGUUGGUCCCUCUAAUUGAAAAUUAUCGGCGGCGAGAAACAAUGCGAGAGCAUAUUCGACUUCUCCAAUGCAAACAACUUUAUCUUGAAUAUUCGGAGGCGGAGAUGGUCGCUCAUGAAAGAACUCAAUAUAAGCGGAUGAAAGAGGAGGAACUUGAAGAGACGAAAAAAGCAAUGUUACCCAUCAAAAGUCUCUUAGAACAACAAAGAAUUGUGAAUGAAAGGCAUAAGCGCGAAGAAAAGAGUGCCAUGGAUGGAUUGUUAUCAAUAGAGAAGGAAAUGGAAAAAUUGCUUGCAAUUGAAUUAGUGGAUGAAUCGAUAAUAAGUGCGAAAAGAGAUUAUGAACGGGCUAAAAAAGAGUACGAUGAGUGGGAGGAAAGACUAAGUGCCGCACGAAUGGAACAUAAUCAUUUGGAGGAAAAACUUGCUAUUGCAGAGCGAGAAUUUACGUCCAUGGAGAAUGAGAAUUUGACAAUUAAAAAAGAAUAUUUGGAGUGGAAUAUAAAAGAGGAAGAAUUGGAUAAACAAAAAUCAAUAUUGAACAAUAAAAUUAGUGAAACCGAUUCCAGAAUGCGAGCUGUUAUGGAAGCGAUUGAUGCUGAUCAGCAGUCAUUUCGAAAGAAAUUUAUUGUUUUAAAAGGAAAUGGUAGGGAGAUGAAAUGUGAUGAGGCGUGGCAGUGGUAUGAAUCGGAGAAAAAAAAGUUUCGGCAUCCGGUUUUUGUGCCUUUAUUAUUUAUGUCUUUGGUCAGUGAUGACGCUGCAGUUUAUUUAGAAAAUAUCAUCGCACGUCGUGAUUUAUUAAUGUUUAUAUUUCGUUGCAAAGAAGAUGAAUUAUUGUUGACGGAUAAACGGCAUCCAUGGAAAAUUAAUUCAUGUAUCAUAAGCGAUGAUGAGAUAGCGCACUUUCAAAAACAAGAAGCGAUGCCUGCACAGUUAUGUUCCCUUGGAUUCACUUACAUGGCAUCAAAUCUGUAUACUGCACCUGAUCCUGUGAAAGCAUAUUUGAACAGUGUUGCGUCGUUACAUAAAAUUCCCAUUGGUACCCAAACGACAGAAAACCGCUUGCAUGAAGUUUGUGAAGCACUCAAAAAUUCUCAUCGUUUGUUUCUAACAAAUUCAUUGCGGGUUCGAAUCUCUAUAUCGCGCUACAGCGGUAAUUUAUCGGUUCGAACAGAAGCACUACGCACUUCUUUAAGACUUCUUGUUGUUCACACUGCUUUGCCUAAAAAUAAUGCACCAAGUCUCAAUGAGUUGGAGAAACAAUUAGCAAAGCUCAAGGAACUAGCAAGCGAGAUGCGAUCGGCUCACGAGCAUAUUGGACAAAUGGAAAAAAAUAUCGCGCAGGGACGAGAAAAAUGUCGUAGAAAGAUGGAUACAUUUAUCAAAAAGAAAGAUGCACGAAAUAUCAUUUCAAAUCAACUGCGUUCGAAAGCUGCGAGGUUGCAAGCCAUUGAAAAUGAUAAACCCGAUUUGAAUGUUGCUGCGCAAAAGUUCCAUAAAGCUAAGAAUGAAAUCAUUAAAAAGUCAUUUGAACGGGCUGAAAAAAUUGCUAAAUUGAUGGAAAGAAGGAAAUUACUCACCCAGAAUGCAUUAUUUGCAACAUUGAGUACGAAAAAAGUAGUGAAAGAAUUGGAAACAUCGCAGAAGCGAUUGAACCACUUUGAGCAGGAAUAUGAAUCUAAAUUGGAUGCGAUCAGACAUACUGAAAUAACUAUUAAAUUGGCAAUGCAAAGAGUAGAAGAAGACAAGCAAAGAUUGUAUAAAUCAAUCGGUGUUGAAAAUUCAUCUGCAAGCGAAGCGGCUAAGGCAUUAGAAAUUUUGAAAAGGGGUUUUGAUUCCUAUCAAAUUCCCAACACUAAGGAAGAGAUACAAAUCCGAAUGGCACGUGAACAGGGAAAACUGGAUGCACUACAUAGUGAGGGAGAGAAAAAAGAUAUUGAACGUUACGAAAAACUAACACGGAAGAGAGAAUCUCUCAUUAAAGAAAUGGCUGGUAGGAAGAAAGAUGUUGAUGAAUGGGAAAAUAAGCUCAAUCGCCUGUUGGAACGAUGGCUUUUUCAAUUGGAAAGUGUUGUUGGAAAGUUGAAUCAACAUUUUAGUUUCUUUUUUGAAAAUAUGGGAUGUUCUGGAGAAGUUCAUCUUCAGAAACCAGACGAUAAGUUUGAUAUUCUGAAGUAUGGCAUCAUAGUAGCUGCCAAAUUUCGGGAAGGUGAAAGGCUUCGACAGUUAACACAUCAGGCAAGUUUAUGCAUUCUUCACUUUUUUACUACACAGUCAGGUGGUGAACGUAGUGUGAUCACAAUGCUAUAUAUCUUGGCAUUGCAAAAGCUAACUGUAGUACCUUUUCGUUGUGUUGAUGAAAUCAAUCAAGGAAUGGAUCCAAAAAAUGAGAAGACUGUAUUCAAUAUGAUUGUAGAUACACUCUCUAAAGAUAAUGAUUUAACGAAAACGCAAUAUUUUAUACUUACUCCCAAACUGGUGCCUGAUCUCAAAUUUAAUCAAAAGACGAAAAUUCAUUGCAUUUGUAGCGGCGGAAAGCUUACCAAAUGCAAAAGUUGGAAUGUUGCGGGAUUUAUUAAUAGUGUGCGAAAUCGGCAAUGGACUAUAGAUCAAUAA